AUGCCGGCGAAACGUCUGUUAAGCCAAUUCGAUGAGUCUGCUGAUAGCUUUGCUCUUGCAGGCCCAGGCCGCCAUCUGACGGUCAGCCGGUCUACUGGCGCCAGCUCAUCAAUCAGUUCGCCCAGUUGGUCUGAGGUGAGGGCCAUCGCGCGCCGACGAUUGGCGCGGCAUUGGCGUAAGUACCAAUUGCCUGCCGAAGGCUCAAAGGUCGUGUCGGUCCAAUUGUCCGGAUUGGAAGUGUACACCCGCUAUUCGGUGUGGGUACGCGCUAUGGGCACACAGGGCGAGACCUCUGGGCUCGGUGGUGUGCUCAGCUUUACGACCUUGGAGGAAUCACCGGGUGGUCCGCCAUUGAAUGUUCGAGCUUCUGCAGUCUCUAACACAGCGGUUGAAGUUUCUUGGGAACAACCAAACCGAUCAAAUGGCAGAAUCGAGGUGAGUAAUAAGUGUUAUCUUACCGGUAUUUUGGUAAAGCGUCUAAUACUCCUCGUCAGGAAAGAGACACUUUGCCCAGGCAUAACAGAUGUUUAA